ACAGAAACAUUGAGAAAGAGGCAGACACACACACACACCUCUGAAGAGAGGGAGAGAGACCCAGAAACAGACCAAGGGACAUCAAAGGACAGCGUAGAGUCAGAAAGACAGACAUUCAGAUAAAGAAUUUGGAACGGACAGUCAAAGGCACAGACAGCUAAAGAGAGUCAGAAAUGGAGAGAGAGAGAGAAAACGCAGGAAAGAAAGAGACUGCCCUAGGACCCAUCAGGAACACAGAGUGCCGAAGUGUGGAACUUUCUGGAAAUCUGGAACCGCUGUCCUUUCCUUCAGCGCAUUUCCCGCCUUUUCUAUCCACCUUCCCUCCAACUGGCUUCUGGCCGAUCAUCAAGCAACACAGAUCUGACCAGCACGCAGCGACGGCGUACCAACCCCUUGCUUGGAUCAUGCGUUGCGUCGGGAGCACAGCCAUCCUUCAGCUGCGUAGUUUCCUUCACUUGCAACCCGCCCCCCCGCACCAUCCCAGCACAUAUCAGGUGCAGCAGCCAGAGCCCUGCUCAGCCUGGGGCAACGUGGUGAUCCUCAGAGGGACGGCCUCCCCAGCUCCCAGGCCCUUUCGGGGGCCCAGGAUGAACCAAAUCCUACCCCCAGGCAAUGGACCCCAUCCAGCCACACCACCCAGGACUGUGUGGGACAUGAGGGAUGUCACCCCAGGGGGGCCUGAAACCAGGCAGCCCAGAGCACGCUGGCCCAGGAGGCUCAAGACAGCCAUCCUGGGAUUCCGGGCCACCUGCCCUUCUGUCUCCACCAUCUACUUCCUCUUCAUCCUCUUGGUGGUGUCCACCAUCUUCCACUGCCACCACCGCCUGGCCCUGGUGCCUGCCCCCUGGGCCUACUCAGGCCGCGUGGUCCUGCUCCCCGGACCCCUGCCCUCGGGGGGCAUGUUCACCAUCACGGCCAAAGGCCGCCUGGGGAACCAGAUGGGCGAGUAUGCCACCCUGUAUGCCCUGGCCAAGAUGAACGGGCGGCCGGCCUUCGUCCCCGCCGAGAUGCACAGCACGCUGGCCCCCAUCUUCCGGAUCAGCCUCCCGGUCCUGCACGGCAGCACGGCCGGCCGCAUCCCCUGGCAGAACUACCACCUGAACGACUGGAUGGAGGAGCGCUACCGCCACAUCCCCGGGGAGUACGUGCGCCUCACUGGCUACCCCUGCUCCUGGACCUUCUACCACCACCUGCGAGACGAGAUCCUGCGGGAGUUCACCUUGCACGACCACGUGCGGGAGGACGCCCAGAAGUUUCUGCGGGGCCUGCAGGUGAAUGGGAGACAGCCAAGCACCUUUGUGGGCGUCCACGUGCGCCGGGGGGACUACGUGCGCAUCAUGCCGCGGGUGUGGAAGGGCGUGGUCGCCGACCGGGGCUACCUGCGCCAGGCCCUGGCCUGGUUCCGGGCCCGCCACCGCUCCCCGGUCUUCGUGGUCACCAGCGACGACAUGGCCUGGUGUCGACAGAACAUUGACGCCUCCCGGGGCGAUGUAGUGUUCGCGGGCAACGGCCUUCAGGGCUCCCCCGCCAGGGACUUUGCGCUGCUCACUCAGUGUAACCACAGCGUUAUCACGGUGGGCACGUUCGGGAUCUGGGCUGCCUACCUUGUGGGCGGGGACACCGUCUACCUGGCCAAUUUCACCCUGCCCGGCUCCCCCUUCCGCUGGAUCUUCAAGCCCCAAGCAGCCUUCCUGCCCCAGUGGGUGGGCAUCGCUGCUGACCUGGGCUGGGCCAGAGAGAACUCCAGGCCCUGAGGCCUCCCAGCUGGGCGACCUGGAACUAGUAACUUAACCUCUCUGGGCCUUAGCGUGCCCCCUGCCGAGCGGACCUAAUCCAGAACUUCCCUCCACGGCUCCUGCCACAAGUUCAUUUAGUGUCUUGGGAAGGCCUGGGAAGUGCCCGCCACCCACAGGCAUGUGGGUGGCGCACCCCGAACUUUCCAGAGGGUUUAACAUGGAAACCUAUUUUUUGCCCUCUCCUUGUCGGUGGCUUUGGGAGUUAAGUCCAAUGCCCCUGCCUCCUGGGAGGGUUCAGUGAAGCCGUUCCUCCCCUCCAGUCAAGGAGAGCCAGCCAAGAGUCAGGUUUGGGGUUUCCUAGGGGCCUUAAUGUGGAAGGGAGGAACCCACGAUUUGAGAGGAUGAAUCUCGGGGAGGUGCCCUUGGUGGGGAGGUGAGGUCCCUGGAAAUGGGGGUGCACGUGGGACUCAGGAAGGACUCCACACCACUCCGCCCACAGCAGCAAGGACGCCCAGAGUGUAAGGUCCUAGGAGUGGCUGGUGGAACCCAGGGGUCCCAAAAGACGGAAGUCUGGCCAUGUCAGCAGCCAGCUGCAGACAGAAGGCCUCACCCCUUGGCACUGCCUAGGCCCCCAGGGCACAGAGUCCCUCUGAGAAACCCCUGUGUGGAUGAGAGUUGGAUCAGGGGAUCACAAUACGGGUUUUCCUGUGUUUAGUGCAUUUGGCAUUAUGGAUAUACCGGUAUUUUUCUUGGUGUAAUACUCCUUUUUGAA